UAAAUGGAGCUGGAGGACCAAUGGUGGAGAGGACAACUGGCAGCAGAUAUUUACCAAGCGCUACGGUACAAAGAGCUCAAGUUGCCAUCCUACAAAGGCCAGUCCCCUCAGCUGAACUUGAGACGAUACUUUGCAGACCUCAUCGCCAUCGUCAGCAACCGCUUCAGGCUGUGUCCUGCUGCCAGACACCUGGCCGUCUACCUGCUGGACCUCUUCAUGGACCGCUAUGAUGUCACAGUGCAGCAGCUUCACAUGGUCUCACUCUCAUGUCUUCUGUUGGCCAGUAAAUUUGAGGAAAGGGAGGAUCGGGUUCCAAAGCUGGAGAUCCUGAACAAUCUGGGCUGCAUGAGUUCCAUGAACCUGGUCCUGACCAAGCAGGGUUUAUUACACAUGGAGCUGCUCCUGCUGGAAACCUUCCAGUGGAACCUGUACCUGCCCACAGCUGCUCACUUCAUAGAAUACUGCCUGUCCAUAGCUGUCCAUGAGGGAGACCUCCAUGAUGGCUGGCCUAUGACCUGCCUGGAGAAGACUAAACUAUACAUGGCCAAGUAUGCUGAUUAUUUCCUGGAGGUUUCCCUGCAAGAUCAUGUGUUUUUGUGUUUUGCCCCCUCACUGGUGGCUGCUGCGUGUGUGGCCGCCUCCCGCCUCAUCCUCCACCUGUCCCCCACGUGGCCACCCCGCCUGCAGCACCUCACAGGCUACACAUGGGAGAACCUCGUCCCGUGUGCUGAGAAGCUACUCAUUGCACAUGACAGUGAUGUCAAAGAGGCCAACAAGCAGAAGUGCCAGCAGCCCGGCCAGCAGCAGCAGCAGCAGCAGCAGCAGCAGCAGAUGGUGUACCACAGUUCAGGCCAGACAGCCACUGUGGCCCAGUACCUGCACCGGCCUGGCGUGCAGUAUCCUCAGCAGGCUAACCAAAGGCCUGCCUCCUACCUCAGCCACUCCACCACCGGCCUGCAGGCUCCGAACGGCCCCCAGCACGGCAGCACCCAGGCCAUCACCGCCUCACUGGAUCCAAAGUCCAACAUCACCAACAGGGCUUACCAAGUCAGCAUGCACUACACCUGCGCCGCGCCGUGCUUUGACAGAUGA